AUGCUACCGUCUAUUGAAUCAAGCAAAAUAUCCAAAAAUUCACCAGAAUCAUCUGCAGUUAAUAAGCCACCGAGAAAGAAGAGACGCUCUACUAUCAAAUCUUGCUCAUUUUGCCGUAGAAGAAAGUUAAAAUGUGACAAAUCAAAGCCUUUAUGUUCCACAUGUAGAGCUAGAAAUUUCACAGAAUGUAUCUAUUCUGAUGCCAUUAAUAACCCUGAAAAUGACUUAGAUAGGCCAAUGUCUUCAGAUGUUGUCAAUGGAGAACAUCCGGAGCUUUCUAUUAAUCCAUCAGUCCAUUCUUUAAAAUAUCAAAAUUUCCAACUAAUGCCUUUACAACAGGCAUCUAAGCUAAGAUUUGUUAACACACAAAGUACGGGAUCUCAAUACAGAUUAUGUGAGAGAGAUACAGAAAUGCUGGAAAGUUUUUCAGGAAGAGUCAACCCACUAAGAAAGAUAUAUUUUGCACAACUGAAAGAGAAUGGUAGAUCAAUUUGUUUUGGUCCUACUUCAAUGAAAUGUUUUAGUCAUAUGGGUGGUCAGUUUCUAUUUAUUGGUCAACCAAAUAUGUGGAAUAUUGUAAAGCGAGCUAGAAAAAAAUGGAAAGCCCAGCAUGAUUUUUCCAUGUUAAGAGAAUUAGAAUCCAUGGAAGAUACUUAUACACAUGAUUCUACUUCAUUAAUUGAUGAAGUUUGUAAAUCAUUGCCAUCAUAUGAUAAUAUCAUUAAAGAUAUUGAAACUUUUUUCCAAGAUUCACAGUUAUAUAUAUAUAACAAUACUUUAGACAAAAAUAAAGUAUUUAGUGAUUUUUAUACUUAUUUUUCUCCAAGCUCUGAUUUGGAUGAAUUUGGCCAUAGAUCAGUAUCAAGUAUUCGAUGUGAUAUUAAGAAGAACCAUUUCAAAAUAGGUGUUAUUAUAAUGAUUAUAGCUUUAACGAGGUUUUAUUCUACAAUCCCCCCUGCAAUUGAGAAAUUUUUAAUUAUGCUAUCAGGAUUUUCAAUGGCCAAAAUAUUUUAUGUGGAAAGAGCCCAAUUUUUAUUCUUAAGAAUCAUUUACAGAUCAAUAUACAUUUCUAACGAUGGUGAUAAUUCAACACUGGUAGAUUUAACAACAAGCUUAUGUUCCACUUGUACAACUUUAGGUUUUAAUCAUGAUAUUGAAUUAAUUUUUGAAAACAAAGAGAAUGUUGUAGGUAGAUUGGAAACGUUGAAAAAUUUAUGGUACUGGAGUUUAUUAUUUGAUUUAGAGGUUUCAUAUGGAAUUGGAAAACCAAUGUUUAUUAGUCCAGAUUAUUUUUAUGAAUUUUCUGGUGAAUUGGAUGAUAAUUCACCAACUUUUAUGGGAUUAAUGAAGAGAUUUUUGAAAAUUACAAGGCCAAUGUUAAGAAGAAUUUUAUCAAGUACUAAAGUUGCUGAUUUUAGUCAAGAUGAAGAACUAUUACUGACCUUUAUAGAAAAAGAAUUCCCACAAAUGAAGUUUUAUCUUGAUAAGAAAGAUAUCGGUAGAACUGAUUUUAAUAACACAAGAUUUUUAGCUUCUGCUAUUUCGAUGCUAGUGGGUAAUUAUUGCAUGAGAUUUGCGUAUUUAAAUGAGCAUACUCAACAAGUGAAUGUUGGUAUUAUGAAAUCAACUUUAUUGGCAUUAAGUCUUUCUACGAAUCUAAUGAUAAGAACAUACUUGAUGGAUUUAAAUAUGUACCCACAUAUGAUGUCUAAAGAUUUUAUAGAGCCAACUCCAUAUAUGUCUCUAGCUGUUUCUAUGAUUGAAUCUCUAUUAGCACGCUCAAUGUGUAGCUUUAUGGUAAUGAUAUUUUACAGGUUGACCGAUACCGGGAAUCCUCCACUAUUUCUCAGUAGAGAUGAAAGCAAAUUAAAGAUCUCUUUGGAUUCAUUAAGAAGCAAUAGUGAAGAUUUUUCCUUGGUAUCUGCCUUUGAAAAAUUCUGCGAAAUAUUUGAUAGAUGGGCCUUGCCUGAUGAUCCAAACAUGCAACUAUUGAUGCGUAGAUCUUAUUUCUAUGUUAUUUCUACUACCUUGGAGAGAUUAGUUAGAAAAAUUUUUAAGAAACUUGUAAAUCAUCGUAAAGAUUUUGAAAAACUUUGGAUUUCUCAAAACUAUAAAACUUUACAAGCUACUUUUGGGAAUAACUUUUUGAAUUGCAGCAAUUUAAAUAAUUCCCAUACUAAAAGCUCGAAAGGGUCUAAUACUUAUAAUAAUUCUUUUAAUAAAUCUUCUCAUCUCACAAGAACUAAUGUCAAUAACAAAAUUAGUGAUUCUGAUGAACAAGCUACUUGUAUAUCUACCUCUCUGCCUUCUCAAGAGUCGCAAAAUACUACACUGGCAUAUCAUUUAACAAACGAUAUAUCAUCUUCAGCUAGCAUUCCAACAGUACUUCAUAGCACCUAUAAUGCUUCUCCAUCUGUAAAGGAUCACUUGGCACCAACACCAAAUACUAAUUCAUUUGAAAGUAAGGUUGCAACUUCCAGUAUGGCACCUGUUAAUGACAUGAAUAUGCAUGCAUCUAGUAAUAUCAAUAAAACAUCAAAUUCUACAAAUAGACCGAUCGAUUCAAAUCACCCACCAGUAUCUGUUUGGAAUUUCAAGAGGAAUAAUUUUCAAGAUAAAGAAAAGGGAUAUGAGGAAUUAUUCAACGAUUUCUGGAUCACUUACAACCAAGGAUUCGAAAAUGUUUUUAAUGAUACUGAAACAGCAUCAAUUGUCGAUGAAUUAUCAUUAUUUGAUGAUUUAUCCUUAUUUAACUAA